AUGGAGAUGGGAAACGAUGCGGAUCACGAAACGCCGCCGAUAAUUCCGAGAUAUGACACCGGACCACCGCAGCUCCAAGUCAACAGCCGCCGGCUUAUUCGUGCCUCUCCCGCAUCACAAAUGUCGUUUCCGUACGGAGUACAGAAUGAGCGGAAGAAAGUGUUGAUGAUUAGACGACCCGAUGGUUCUACACAAUUGCUCCGACCUGUAACGCAUCGAGAAAGUAUGGCUCCACGCUUAUUACAACGAAUGCCUGCGACUGGAAUGCAUAGUGGAAUGCUUACAUCGGGGUCAACAAUUCGUUCAAUCUCCGGUGGACAAUUUAGAACUUCUACACUUCAGCAACACACCCCCCGAAGCUUAUUUGAAGACUCGUAUAUUAGCCACGCUGACGGUGGGGUCUACUCCAAUAAUAGGAUUGCAAACUUACGUCCGCAAAUCAGUUUCGCCCAGCGAAUGAGCGGGAUUCGGCGAUACGGUUUUCCUCAAACGCUUCAGUCAUCAAUUCGAAAUCCAUCACCGUUGCGCGAAUAUAUACCCAGAAGAACUACUUAUGAUCGUUUUUCUAGGCGCUUGAUAAAUCGAAAUUUGCAAUUUGACUUCGAGGGAAAUGUGGCAGAGGAACGAGCUAUACGGGAUGCAAUUGCAAAAGAAGAAGAAAAGAUGCUACUUGAAGAAGAAAACAGACUACCCACGAAAGGGGUUUUCUCAAAUUCAGUUCUUGACUUCACACCAGCUAGCUUAUCACAAGGAGCCGCCGUCGAAGAUUCGGUUCCCUUUUGUCGAAACCUUCUACCAUCGACUGAUGAUACGGCGGAUGAACGCACAAUCAAAUUAGUACUUGAAAACAUUGUAAAUCAAGUAUGUCGAUGGGAUAAGCACUAUGGAUGGUAUAAGAUGCACCUCAAUAAGCCGAAAUACAAAAUGGCUCGAAAGGUUUAUCUGAAGCACAACGAGAUUAUGCUAUCCGAACAUUUGGACUAUUUACGCAAAGAAAUUAACAAAAGACGGAGUCAACUUGAGACGCAAGCUGAAACUUCACUUGGUAUGCUGGCCCCGUGGCGCCGUGCUCGAGGACGACCAUCAAACAAACAAAUUGAGCAAAAUUUUGCCUCUGUUGAAGAGGAUUCGAAAGAUUCUGGCUAUGCUUCGGGUAAAGAUUCUCCCCUAAAGGUUAUUGAAUUGGAGGAACCCAGCGAUGAAGAGUAUGAACGCGGCCAAUUCGCCCCAUUCAAUAAGUUCAUCUUAGAAGAUGAUGAAGAUUCCAGAUCGGAGUGUGAAGAUAUUUCACUCAAGGACUUGUUGAAUAGUAACUAUUCCCUUGAUCUGAUGGCUGUAUCUCCAUCAAAUCCAUAUCUUGGAGAGCUACACAUUGAGAUCCCAGUGUGGAAACAACCCGAAGAACCCACCCCUCAGCUUAUUCUUCUAACACCCAAAAAGCGUUUGCUUGAAUGCAAACAGGAUGAUGAACCCAUUGCUAAAAGACUCCGCUCAAAAUUACCUAAUCCUCUCCGUGACUCUGAUGAUUUCACCAAACGUCCACUUCCUACCGACAAAGACAAGCAGCGUCAUCGAGAGCAUCAAAGGGAACAACAGGCUAUGAAUCCAGCCGAUAUUAGCCUGGGUGGUGACUCGGUUGAUUGGGCCGACAAGGAUGUGAAAGAGGAAGACUCCUCUCAUCGUCAACCGUCGCCCAAGCGAAUGCGUCGAGAAAGCAGCAAACAGGAAAGUUCCGAUGAUGAUGAUGAUGAGCAACAAGGAAAAGUCCUGAUGCACAUUCCACCUCCUUUGGCCAGAUCUCGCGGACGACCUCGAAAGGCCGAAAGUGAGCGACGAAGGCGAGAGGCGGAGGCUAGGAUGAAAAAGAUGGUGGAAGAGGGAAAUGAUGUUCGCAAUAUGAUUGAUCCAAGCGAGUUGCAUUGCAUUUGUCGACAGCCGUUUGAUGACAGAAAAUUCUAUGUUGCUUGCAGUCAAUGUCAACAAUGGUUCCACGGAAAAUGCAUUGGAUUAAGUGAGAAGAGGGCUCGUCGUUUAAGCCGCUUUGUAUGUCAUGAUUGCCGCUCACCACAAGAUGAAGAAAGCGAAGAAAUUGAUGAUGCUGGACGUGGUGAAGUGAAACAUGAUCCUGGAUCUCAUCCUGAUGAAAUGACGGAGGACGAGGAUCAGGAGGAAGAGGUGGAGGUCGACGUCUUAAACGAUCAACAAAUGACGGAGGGUCAAGAACACUUUGAAAUUUCUGACAUCCAACCCAAGGACGAGCUCUUUUGCCUCUGUCGCACUCCAUACAACGAAGAAAAAUUUUACGUUGGUUGUGACUCUUGCACUGGAUGGUACCAUCCCGAAUGUGUCGGUAUCACAGAACGAGAUGCUCAACAAAUUGAGAGCUAUCUUUGUCCCUCCUGUCAAAGCCAUAUGGAACAACAACAGCAUAGCAAUCAACAAUUUGAACGGCAUUCGUCCAGGAACUCAUUUCUCUGGGGUCUUUUUGAAGCCGUUUCCGAACAUCGCAACGCAUGGCCAUUCAAAGAAACCGUUGACGUUGACGAAUUCCCAAAUUAUCAUCAAAUUGUGAAAAAUCCAAUUGAUUUGUCAAUCAUUGAGAAUCGACUUCGGAGUCAGUGUUAUAGUAGCCAUAUCGACUUGCACGCCGAUUUACAGCUGAUGGUCUCGAAUGCAAAGCUUUUCAAUCAGAAGGGAUCCGCUAUUUACCAAUGCGCUGAAGCGAUUGAGGCAGUGAUCAAAUCGAAAAUCGCCGAGGCAAGAAAACGAUCAACUCAC